AGCCAAGGAUGGCACAGUCUGGAGCCCUGCCCACUGGCUUUGGGGAGGUGGAGGUGCUGGCAGUGAGGACAGUCCUGCUGGUGGAAGCUCUCUCUGGUCUCAGCCUCAACAGCCUGACCAUCCUCUCCUUCUGCAAGGCCCCAGAGCUGCGGACACCCAGUCACCUGCUGGUGCUGAGCUUGGCGCUAGCCGACAGUGGAAUCAGCUUGAAUGCCCUUGUUGCAGCCACAUCCAGCCUUCUCAGGCGCUGGCCCUACGGCUCCGAAGGCUGCCAAGCCCAUGGCUUCCAGGGCUUUAUGAUGGCGCUGGCCAGCCUCUGCGGCAGUGCAGCCCUUGCCUGGGGCCACUAUCUCCACUACUGCACGU